CGCGCGCCAGGCUGCUGGAGUCGGCCCCAACUUGAUUGCAGCAGUCAUCGGUAUACGAGGCAGCAAAACCUUGAACGCGUAAUGUCAGAUGGCCAUGGCAAUGUGUCAAAGAGACGAUAGUGAGGUGAGGUGGAAGCAAGCUUGCAUGUUCCCGCCUAGCGCAUCCUCGCUCCGUCUUCCCCGCGCUGGCGCAUCGGUCAGAGCUUCGAACACUUGUCACGUCAUGGCCAAAAUAUCAUCCGACUCACGACGCGAUCCCAACACGCGUUUCAACAUCCCACCCUGGUCUUCUUUCUUGGGGUAGAUCUUCACUAUAUCUCCGCCCCAACGUCACAUAUAUUGCACCCACUCGAGCAGGGUAAAGAUGGCGUGGUACGACGAGGAUAGCUGGCUCACGGCCGCCCUGUCGCCAAACUUGUCGACAAUUUUCAUCAGUCUUCUCGUUGCCAUCGUAUUACCGAUCCUACUGCACACUUUCCUCUACAGAAAGGUGACGCCGACGAAUCUACCCACGUUCCUGCUGGUGGGUCCGAGUGGGAGUGGAAAGACGGCCUUUACGACUCUCACCGAGCGCAAUACCGUGACCCAGACACACACAUCCACCGCGCCCCUCACCGUUGAAGCCCUGCUUCCCAGCCCCCACGUUCCAGCGUCGUCGCACUACCGCUCCGCCGGUGACCCAGCUUACGAGCGCUCGCGCCGCUUCCUCCUGCUCGACACGCCUGGACAUGGCAAACUACGUCACUUUGCGACCGCGCAGCUCGCAAACCCAGCGCACGUCAAGGGCAUCAUCUUUGUUGUUGACGCGGCUGCCAUCGCUGAGGAAGCCGGGCUCAACGAAGCUGCCAGCUAUCUACACGACGUGCUGCUGAGCCUGCAGAAGCGGUACACAGAAAGCAAGACGAGCAAGGGCCCAAAGGAGAUACCCGUCCUCGUGGCGGCGAACAAAAUGGACCUGUUCACUGCGCUCCCGGCUAGUCUGGUCAAGGUGCAGCUCGAAAAGGCAAUUAGCGAGGUGAGGAACAGUCGCGCGAAGGCGCUGAGGGAUGCGGGGGCAGCGCUUAGUGGCGGCGAGGACGAGGUGGAUGAGGAAAAGGAGUGGCUUGGGGAAGGGGGUGAGGGCGCGUUUGAGUUUGAGCAGAUGCGGGAGAUUGGCACGAAUGUGGGUGUUUUGGGGGGCAAUGUGGUUAGUGGGAAGGAGGGCGGUGACGUGAAUGCGUGGUGGGCGUGGGUUGGCGAGCAACUUUGAUUGCGAGGUUGUGAGUUAGUGUGAGUUGGGGGUUGAGAAUGGAAUGAGU